UAUCAGUGUGUCUUUUGUCGCCAUAUAGAGCGAAGGUACUAUUGAGAUAGAUCAUUUGUGGUUAGCAAAAUAGCAAAGAGUAUCGAUGUAACAAAAAAGUAUCUAAUUAUUUCGAAUACCUUAGCUUUGAAAAAAAUAAUUGGUCAUUUUUAUCCGAAUUAAAUCGACUAGUUGCCAUGGUGAUUUGUAGAAUAAAUUUCGAAAACAAUUCCGACAAAGUUUACUAUUCGGGAGAAUUGAUAAGCGGUACGGUGCGAUUGGAAUUGAUGAAUAGAAAAAAAGUGCGCGGUGUGUAUAUUGAAUUCAGGGGAGAUGCACAUACAGAAUGGUAUGAAGAUGUUGAAAAAGAAGAAGGUACUGGCGAUGAUCGUAAAACUGUAACAGUUCGUGAAUGGUAUCGAGGCCAUGAAAAUCAUUUGAAUUCCAAAAUUUUUCUCUCAGGAGGGAGCUUUGGCGAAAUGUUUCUGGAUGAUGUGAAAGAGCAUGAUUAUAGCUUUGCGCUUCAAUUGCCAUCACACCUACCAUCUUCAUUCGAAGGAGAGUAUGGCCACAUAAGAUACAGUGCAAGUGUCUUUCUUAUUGUUGCACGCGGUUAUGAGGAAAAAUGUAAAGAAUCAUUCACCGUUAUCAGAACACUUGAUUUGAAUCACUAUCCAUCGUUGCAAAAACCAGUUUCUGCUGUCGAAAAAUACACUUCUCAUCCAUGCUGUUUGCUGUGUUGCUGUCGAUCGGAUUCAUUGCGUAUAAAUGCUCGAAUACCGGUCGGAGGAUUUGCACCAGGACAAAUAAUAAAUUUGGCGCUUGAAGUAGACGGUUUAAGCAGUCAACGAGUUCUACAAUUCAAGAUGGAAUUAAUAAAACACAUCGAUUACUAUGCUCAGGGUGAAACAAAGAUAGAAAAAUUACACCAAACGGGUGAAGAAUUAUCGCGUAGCGAUGAAGUGAAUAAAAAACAAACAAUUCGUAUGAAUUUACAAAUUCCACCAUAUCCACCGAGUGACGAAACGACUUGUGGCAUCAUCAAAAUUAGAUACUAUAUUCUCAUAACCGCCCAUAUGGAACCACCAAAAAUACAUCUUCCGAUCACAAUUGGCACGAAACCAAUAGAUGAUUUUGCAGCGUUGGACGUCCUGGAUGAGCAAAAUCCUUCUGAUUCGAACCCAUCUGCUCCUUUACCUCCUGCAUCUGUAGUAACUACUCAACCAAGCGCUCAAAAUUUGAAGUUCAAAUGUCACAUUUCGACAUUUUUACGCGAGUUAUAUCGCAAAAUUACCAUGGCGUUGUGUAGGAUAGAUUUCGAAAACAAUCUGGACAAAGUUUAUUAUUCGGGACAAUUGAUACGCGGAACAGUGCAGUUGGCAUUUCCAAACAGAAAAAAGGUGCGUGGUGUGUAUAUAAAAUUCAAAGGAGAUGCACAUACAGAGUGGUCUGAAUAUGUUCAAAGAAGCGUAGGUACUGGUGAUGAUCGUAGAACUGUAUCUGAACGUGAGUGGUAUGAAAGUCAUGAAAAACACUUGAGAUUUAUAAAAUAUUUCGCAGGAGGAAACGAUGGCACAAUUUAUCUGGAAGCAGGGGAGCAUGUUUUCAACUUUGAAUUGCAAUUGCCAUUAGAGUUACCUUCGUCGUUUGAAGGUGAAUAUGGCCACAUAAGAUAUAGUGCACGUGUCGUUCUGAUUAUUCCAUGGGGAUUUGACAUUAAAUUUAAGCAACCAUUCACCGUGAUCAGAGCACUUGAUUUGAACUUAUAUACAUCGCUGCGAAUGCCUGCUUAUGCCGUCACACACUUCACUUCUUAUCCAUGUUCUCUGCUGUGUUGUUUUCCAUCAGAUCCAAUGCGUAUAAUUGCACGCACACCAGUCUCUGGAUAUGCACCUGGACAGACCAUUAAUUUGGCGAUCGAAGUGGACAACAAAAGCAAUAAACGAGUUCCAAAUUUCAAAGCGGAAUUGAUAAAACGUAUCUGGUAUUAUGCGCAGGGUAAAUCGCAGACGCAAAAGUUCUUUCAAACGGGCCAAGCCUCGUCACGUGGAGUUGAAGUGAACCAAAAACGAAUAAUUCGUAUAAAAUUACGAAUCCCACCAAAUCUACCGAGUGACGAAACAACUUCUGGCAUUAUCAAUAUUAGAUAUUAUAUUUUCUUAUCUGCCCACAUGGAUACAUGUUGUAGUGAUCCAAAACUAAAGCUUCCGAUCACAAUUGGCACGACACCAAUACAAGAUUUUGAAGCAUUAGACGUAUUGGAUGAGUCUAACCAUUUCAAUCUAUAUUCUACUGCUUCUAUAUCGUCUGCACCUGUGGUAACCUCCCAACUUGGCGUUCAGCCAUCGGUUCCUCCGAUGACAAGUGGAGCGAAAAAUCACGAUUUUGCAUCGCGAUAUCGAUGUACGGUGCAGUUGGUAUUGCCUGAAAGAAAAAAGGUGCGCGGUGUGUAUAUCAAAUUCAAGGGAGAUGCAAAUACAGAAUGGUAUGAAGAUGUUCAAAAACAAGAAGGUACUGGCGAUAAUCGUAAAACUGUAACAGUUCGUGAAUGGUAUCGAAGCCAUGAAAGUUACUUGAGUUCGAAAACCUUUUUCGCGGGAGGAAGCGAUGGCAAAAUAUAUCUGGAAGCAGGGGAAUAUGUUUAUAAUUUUGAAUUGCAAUUGCCCUUAGAAUUGCCUUCGUCGUUUGAAGGUGAAUAUGGCCACAUUAGAUAUAGCGCAAGUGUCGUUCUGAUUAUUCCAUGGGGAUUUGACGAUAAAUACAAUCAAUCAUUCACCUUGAUCAGAGCACUCGAUUUGAAUCGAUAUUCAUCGUUGCGGAUGCCAGUUUCUGACGUCACGGAUUUCACUUCUUAUCCAUGUUGUUGGCUGUGUUGCUUUCCAUCAGAUCCACUGCAGAUAGUUGCACGCAUACCAGUCGGCGGAUAUGUCGGUGGACAGACCAUAAAUUUGGCGCUUGAAGUGGACAACAAAAGCAAUCAACGAGUUCCACAACUCAAAAUGGAAUUAAUAAAACAUAUCAAGUAUUAUGCGCAGGGUAGAACAAAGACACAAAAGUUCUGUCGAAUGGGCGAAGAAUCGUCACGUGGCGUUGAAGUGAAUCAAAAGCGAAUAAUUCGUAUAAAUCUACGUAUUCCACCGAAUCCACCGAGUGACGAAUCAACUUGCGGCAUCAUCAAAAUUAGUUAUUAUGUUUUCGUAACGGCCGAUAUGAAUACUUGUUGUAGUGAUCCGAAAAUGCAACUUCCGAUCACAAUUGGUACGACACCAAUACAUGAUUUCGCAGCGUUAGACGUAUUGGAUGACAGUAAUCCUACUGAUCCAUAUCCUGCUGCUCCUGUACCGUCUGCACCUGUAGUAACCGAUCAACCUGGCAUUCAACCAUCGGCUCCUUCAAUGGACGCAAUGUCCAAUGGAGAGAAAAGUCACGAUUCUGCACCGCCUUAUCCACAUGAUGAUUUGCCAACCUAUGAAGAAUCGACGGAUGCAAAAGGCUCAACAGCAAAUGAUGAUUUUAGACCGAGAUAUCCAUUCUACAACCAUCAAACUUCAUACUCAAAACAUUAGGAAUAUUCAAUGAAUUCCAAUCGAUGUUAUUUUUCCACCAGAUAUUACUGUAAAAUCAUGCAUCACAAUGUUGUCAAAAUCUGUUUGAAAAUGAUUUUAGUUAUGCAUUGGUAAAAUGAAAAUUGUCUCAAUAAAUUUAAUUUCACUGAUAGCA